UUCUCCCAGCCCGGGAAGGACAGCUGCCUCCUGCCGGUGAUGGUGGCCCUCCGUGUCAUCUUCAUCCCUCUUUUCAUGCUGUGCAACGUGCAGCCCCGUCACUACCUGCCUGUCUUAUUCUCUCACGACGCCUGGUUCAUCAUCUUCAUGAUCUUCUUCUCCAUCUCCAACGGCUACCUGGCCAGCCUUUGCAUGUGCUUCGGGCCCAAGAAAGUGCUCGCCCAUGAAGCAGAGACGGCUGGGGCCGUCAUGGCCUUUUUCCUGUCGCUGGGCUUGGCCCUAGGAGCGGCUGUCUCCUUUCUGUUCCGAAUCCUCAUCUAG